AAUGAGGGGCCGAGGAUGUGCAGCGCGAGGACGGAGCCGCGGACAGAAGGCUAAUAACCAUGCCAACCGAGGGAUAUAGCGCGCGCUGGAGAAUGAGAGGGGGGGAAACCCUAGAAGAAGAAGAAGAAGAAAAAGAAGAAGAAAAAGAAAAAGAGGAGGAAGAAAAUAUUUAAAAUAUUGUGUGCGCGUUUAAAGUGGAUAAAGGACAAGAGAGGAUCCUGGUUUCCUACAGGAAAGAAGACAAGCUGCUAUGAUUCUCUCCCUGGCGGCAGCAGCAGCCAUGAGCAGCGGCGGCGGCCUCAACUCCUCCUCCUUCUCCCUCGACCCCUUCGACUCAUCCACCUCCUGGGGCCUCUCCGAGGACCCGUCCAACUCCUCCUCGGAGCCCGACGGGCGAACCCUGACCCCCGACCUCCGGCCGGCGACCACCGCCGUCGCCCUGCAGGAGGUCAACCCCUGGGACGUGGCGCUGUGCGUGACGGGGACGCUCAUCUCCUGCGAGAACGCGCUGGUGAUCGCCGUGCUGUUCUACACGCCGACGCUCCGCGCGCCGAUGUUCGUGCUCAUCGGGUCGCUGGCGGCGGCGGACCUCCUCGCCGGCCUGGGCCUCAUCCUGAACUUCGUCUUCACCUACCUGGUCGACCGCUCGGUGGAGUUCGUGACGCUGCUGUCGGUCGGGCUGCUCAUCUCCGCCUUCUCGGCGUCCGUGCUCAACAUCCUCGCCAUCACGGUGGACCGCUACCUGUCGCUGUACAACGCGCUGACCUACCACACGGAGCGCACGGUCGCCUUCACCUACGCCAUGGUGGCGCUCAUCUGGGCGUCGUGCCUGGCGCUCGGCCUGCUGCCGGCGUUCGGCUGGAACUGCCUGGGCGACGAGUCGGCGUGCAGCGUCUGCCGGCCCGUCACCAAAGCCAACGCCGUGGCGCUCGCCGUGGCCUUCCUGCUCGUCUUCGCCCUGAUGACGCAGCUCUACCUGCAGAUCUGCCGGAUCGCCUUCCGCCACGCGCAGCAGAUCGCCGUGCAGCACCAGUUCGUCGCCAUGUCCACGACCAAAGGCGUGUCCACGCUGUCGGCCAUCCUGUGCGCCUUCGGGGCGUGCUGGCUGCCGUUCGCCACGUACUCCAUCGUGGCCGACUCCAGCUACCCGGCCGUGUACACCUACGCCGCGGUGCUGCCCGCCACCUGCUGCUCCGUGAUCAACCCCAUCAUCUACGCCUUCCGAAACCCGGACAUCCAGAAGUCGCUGUGGAUGGCGUGCUGCGGCUGCGUGCCGUCCAACCUCUCCCUCAGACCCCGGACCUCCAGCGACGUGUAGCGGGGGGAGGUUUGGGUUUUCUGUCCGGCGUGACGCCGAGUUCGGGAUGGAGGGGGAGGGGCUUGUGAGGCGAAAAAGGUUGAGCUCUUCACGUCAGGUGGCCACAGGAGACGGGCCCGAAAGAUGAAUAUAAAUAUUUAAAGAUGGAGAAGGUGGCGUGAAACCAACUCACGGCGUCCUCGUGGACGACGACCCUCCUUUUUUUGGGGGGGGGAGGGGCGGACCAGGAAGCGAGGCCUCCCCCCUCGUCUCAAGAGUAGCAUACGGGGUUCGGGAGGGUGGGGGGGGGGAGGGGAGGGGGUCGGGGGGGAAUAACGUCCCGAAAAACAAAAGCCUCCAACAGGACAUUGGCUUUUUUUUGUUUUUGGGGGGCGGCACUGGUUAUGCAAUCUAAAAAAAUAUACUGCGUGUGGAUACAAAUACGACGAGCUAAAUAUAUACGACGAAUGACCUUGAGUAAAAACUUCCUUCCCUUUUUUAAAAAUACAUUUUUAAACAAAGAUUUUAUUUUUUUUUUCUCCCUUCGAGUCGCCGAUAAAAUUUGCCGACGAAAUGUGUCACGAUACACAGAGAGAGAGAGAGAGAGAGAGAGACUGACUCCUCCCCCACAAAAAACACUCUACUCUAAAUCCACCCGGUUCCUAAAACCUAGAGAGGGGGUUCUCCACAUGAUAGAGAGAGAGAGAGAGAGAGAGAGAGAGAGAGAGAGAGAGAGAGAGAGAGAGAGAGAGAGAGAGAGAGAGAGAGAGAGAGAGAUGGAUUCAGCACCAAGGACAGCGCCCUGGGAACGCUCUCUGCUGAGGGGAAAGUAGGCUACGCUGUUCCCCUCAGCAUCUCGAUAGGGAACGAGCUUUAAAAGGCCAUUCCAGCUCAUGAUUGAUGCUACAUUAUAUAUAUAUACACACAUGUAUAUAUAGAUACACAUGUAUCUAUAGAUAUACAUGUAUGAUGGUAUUUUUUAAGUCAAGGCAAAUGGAGAUUAUUACGUUUCUAAUCGAGGU